UAAAAUUAAUGCAUAGUAUAUCACUCUUACAAGGGACAAUUUUUAAAACAUACUUAACAUUAAUACAUGAUGAAUUAUAUAUGUGAGUACAUAUAUUAUAAAAAUAUCCAACAGUAUUUAUAUAUGUAACUCCAUACUCAUACUAUAUCAAGGCAUUUUAGAGCGAACUAAUGGUAAAACCCAUUUAUCAAGACAAUGGAGUAAUCUGGAAUUCUCGAUUGCCACUGAGGGAGAGGCCAAAACUUUUUAACCCAAUCUAUCACCUCAUCUCUUCCCAUAAAACGAAAUCCAGAUAACAUUACAAUCCACACUCAUAACCAAUCACACCACCACACGUAUCAUGCAGACAAUACAUCACAUCACAUCACCCCCUCAUGACUCAAGACUGUCCCUCCCCCAAAACUCUCCACCUUUUCCCUCACUAUUCUCAUCUCACUCCCUCCCUCCCUCUGUUCCCUUCUUCCUCCCUUGAAUGAGUGAGAAAAAAACAAGUGUGUUGAGUUAGUGCUAGCUACCUUUGGUUUGUGUAAUUGUGUUGUAUGAAGUAGUGUGCAUUCAUUCAUAAGACAACAACAGAAUAGGAAUCCAUAUGUGCAACAAGAAUAGUCCAACUCAAACUUCAGAAGCUACACAAACAACAAACUCAAUUAUGAAGAAGAAAACCCAAAAACAACACAUCAAAAAAGAGUUAUUAUCUUCUUCUUCAUCUUCUUCAUCUUCUUCUCUGAAACCGCACCGACGCAGAAACAGAACCAAAACCCGAAAGCCCAAGUACUUAAGCCUCCGUCUCCAACUCUCUCAAUCCCAACAACCCGAACCCGAAUCCGAAAGCCUGACCCACCAACAGAAAACCCACAAUCUGAACAACAACCUCUUCACCGACGACAGGGACAUUAUGCACGAGGAGAACAACGUGGCGCUGCUGUUCACCUCCGACGGCGGCGCCACACUCACCGGGCUCCUCGAGGACGAGUCGACAACGACGGCGGAGGGAUCGAUGUCGCCGUCGGUUUCGGCGAUGACGUGUCCGCCCGCGAUGGAGGGGUUGGUGAGGAAGGCGAUGAGGAAGGGGCGGGGGAGCGGCGACGGGGAGGAGGAGAGGUGGGUGUGUUACUCGGAGGUGGUGGAGGAGAUCAAGAAGGAGAUGAUGACGACGACGACGGAGGAGGUGACGAGUUACUGCGGCGGUGGUGAUACGACGGCGACGGCGGCGUUUGGGUCGUUGUCGUUGAAGCUGGAUCACGAGGGGAUAUUGAAUGCUUGGUCUGAUAAAGGGCCUCUUUACAUUGGUGAUGAGGCCCCACAGGUUGUCCCUGAUUUAUUCAAUGCUGGCGGUUUUCUCCAUACUGCAUUUCCUCCCAAUGUUGCAUCAUGGGACAGUUGGGGGGUUGAUGUUGUUGGGAACACAUGGACAGUUCCUGAAGAUAACAAGACGAAAGUGAAGCAAGAAAUGGAUUGGAAGGUGGGGCAGAGAGAGGCUAGUGUGCAGAGAUACAAGGAGAAGAGGCAAAACAGGCUCUUCGCUAAGAAGAUCCGUUAUGAAGUUCGCAAGCUCAAUGCUGAGAAACGGCCCCGGAUGAAGGGACGAUUUGUGAAGAGGGAAUGAGAAGUGUAGACUGUAAUAGGCCACCGUUCCUAGUAAUAAGAGUUAAUGUUGUCAAUAUUACAGCGUUGAAAUAGAUUUUUUCUUGCCUUCUGUAUUUUUGUAAAGAUGGUGGGUGGUUCUUGAUAAAAAUCCCAGUGGUACUAGGAUUCAGUCCUGGGAAAGUAGUUUAUGUUCAACUGCUGUUUUGGGGGGUCCUCUAUACUCUCGGGUAAGUGCAUAUUUGAAAAUCCUUUUGUAAUUGAUUCUAAAGUUAGAAUCAAUUCUGUGGAGAAGCUACGCUUUUGUAAGUAGCUUCUGUGUUUCAGAAUUGAUUUUAAGGAAAAAAGAAGUUGAUCCAAACAUGUUAUGAAAUUGCCGCUUGUCAAUGUUUGACACAUGUUUGAUCUCAA